AAGUUUCUAUUUACAGUGUAAUGGAAGUUAUAACUGUCACCCGCCACUGCCCUAACAGCCAGCAUCCUUUUUCAGUGCCUAGGUGCAAUAUGUAAAAUAAUGGGGACGUUUUUUGUUUUUACCCUUCUGGCGUUAGGGGUACAUGACGCAGUGGCAGUCAUUCACUCCCUCAAGUACUUCUACACUGCAUCCAGAGGGAUCCCAUCUUUCCCCGAGUUUGUGACAGUUGGAUUGGUCAACAAUCAGCCGAUCUCCUACUAUGACAGCACCCAAAGAAGAGAGGUCCCCAAACAGGAGUGGAUGAAGCAAACAGAAGAGGCAGAAUACUGGGAUAAACAGACCAAGAUAUCCAUGGCAACAGAGAAACAAUUCAAAGCAAGUAUAGACACUGUCAGUCAGCGCCUCAAUCAAACAAAAGGGCCCCAUAUUGUUCAGAACAUGUACGGCUGUGAAUGGGACGAUGAAACUGGAAAAGUGAAUGGUUUCAAUCAGUUUGGUUACAAUGGAGAAGACUACAUAGCCUUUAAUCUGGAAACGGAAACUUGGAUUGCCCCAAAGCCAGAAGCCAUGAUCACAAAAAUGAAAUGGGACAGGGACGAGGCAAAAAUUCAGAAGGAUAAAACAUAUCUGACUCAUGUGUGUGUUGAAUGGUUAAAGAAAUACCUUGAAUUUGGAAAACAAUCCCUAAUGAGAACAGUCCUCCCCAGUAUUUACCUCCUGCAGAAGUCUUUCCUUUCCCCGGUCACCUGCCACGCCACAGGUUUCUACCCCGACAGAGCCAUGCUGUUCUGGACUAAAGAUGGAGUCGAGCUCUUUGAAGGCGUUGACCCCGGGGAGAUCCUGCCCAACCACGAUGGAACCUUCCAGGUGAGUACGGAGCUGGACAUGUCUGCUGUCCCAUCUGGAGACUGGGGCAGGUACAACUGCGUGUUCCAGCUCUCUGGAGUCAAAGAGGACAUCAUCACCCAACUGGACAAAGAAAGCAUCAGAAGCAAUGCAGAGAAGAAAAUGCAAACACCUUCCAUUCUUUAAUAACUGUCUUCAUAAUCCCUGCACUAGUGUUCAGUGUUGCUAUACUGUUUGCUGUUGUCCUUCUCCUCAAAAACAAGUACCGUGGGAUAAAGGCAAAAUCUUCCCUAUACCCUCCAUCUUACUCUGAGGUUCAAUCUGAAUAAAGAUCACACAUACUGCAUGGACACUUCACAGUCCUGAUUUUAGCCCAGUUUAGUCCUAAAGUAGACUUGGUUUAGUCAUGUUUUAAUCCUGGUUUAGUCUAGUUUAGUCUGGUUUUGGUUUAGGGCUGCAAGAGUCAUCAGAAUAAUCAAUUAAAUGACUUCUUAAAAUCAAUGACUCUUUUAAUAAUCAUUAAUAGUUUUCUGAACCAUAAUCAAGCUUUCAUAUUCUGAGAAAACAUUUGAUCACGAAGCACACAGCACCAUUAUUAAAUCAAAAUGAGACAGGGAUAAAGCAUAUUUGGAGAUAUUUUACUAGUGGACUACUAAAAUACUUGUAAGUUGCAGCCCUAAAGUUGACUCCCAGUUUUGAUUUUGCAGUGUGAACGCAGCUUUAGUGGUUAAACAUAGUGGAACAUCUUGCCUGCCUGCAGCGUGGGUUUGAGUCUCCAUCGGUUGGCCAAAAGUCUCUACCACUGUAUUCUCUGAUACUUCUGUCAAUAAAUACUUCAAAAAUAUUAUAAAACGCAAACACACAGAAGUUAGGUGGAGGAACAGAGGACACUGGUGAGGAUAAGAGCCACCCCCUGCACCCAGUUUUCUCCCUUCAGUGGAGAUGUGAGCACUAGACUCCGCCCACUGACCUGCUCCACCUGCUUCAACAGUGGUUUGGUCAGUUCCUCCAGCUCCUCAGCACUUUAUCUAUUUAUUUAAUGUAAUUAUGCAUGGACUGCUUUUUACUCUUUUCAUCUUUUUAAUGUCUCUUAACUCUGAUUCUUCUUAUAUGUCUAUUUAUUUAUCUAUAUAAUUACAGCUCAUCUUAUCUUUUUAAGUUGUGGCAAUUCAUAAGACAGGAGGGUUUUUACUGGACAGUUACACUUUGAGUCACAUCCAUCAGAAAACACAAUGUUGUAAAUGCCAUCAGAAGUACAUCUUGUUUGUAAAAUAUUACUCUACAUGUAAACUGAUCAAACGAGACAGUGAGUGGUGCCACAAACAGGGACAGUGGUUUAGUGAUUGGCAGUGUUUGCAUGUUCUCCCUGUGUCUGGGUGGUGUCCUCUGGUUUACCUUAUCCACCUGAACGUGCACAAGAGACUCAUCCUCCAGCUAAAAUCAUCCUGACCAGUAGUGGAAUGUAUUGAAGUAAAAGUAGUAAAGGUAUCUGUACUUUCUACUCCUCUACAUUUUUGAACAGGGCUAAAAAGUUAAAGUUUUUUUUUUAUUAUUGUCUGAGACCUGUCAAAAAGGCUGGUGAUUUAUUUUGAACACAUUUGUAGUUUGGGCAAAUAAAAAUAUACAAAUAAAAACAGUUAGAAAAAA